AACAUUGCCACGGUGCCACGCCGCAGAGUUGGUGGUACUUCAAACGCGCGUCGUCUUGGUCACAAUUCCCGUUACAGUUGUCGUUUGGGCUGGCGCAUUGUGCGUGGUUUCGCGCGAGACGAGUAGUGCAUCAAUGGGAUGGAUCGCAACAAAUGAACUGAACAAACUCUGAGAUACUGAAUUGAACUUGAGCUGUGGAAAUGGCUCGAUCGAUUACAAUCAUAAAGCAACUAAAUUCGAGAUGGCAAUAGAGAGGCGAGGCGCUUAUCACCUAAACAAAGAAUGAAAAACGAAAAAUGAAUAAUUCGAUGCGUAUACGCACGCCGAUGUGAUUCGAAACGCCGAUUUUAUUUGCAUAUGUACAUACAUAUGUAUGUAUGUAUGUAUGUAUGUAUGUAUGUGUGUACACUGUAUGUACAUGUAAGAAUGAUUGCUGUCAUCGCUUCUGACGAUACUGACUGUCUCGACGCAAAAACAUUUAUACAGAUGCAAAUAGUAAAUAUGCCCGAUCUCCUGGUAUCCCCUAGAUACGGCUAUCGUGAUAUUAUUUAUUUCCCAUGCGUGCCAAGACUUAUAGCUAAGAGUUAAAUGUGACGCGACGCAACACAAAUGUGAAUAUGCAAAAGUGCCAUAAAAUAACUAUACAUUUACAUGUACAUACAUGUACAUAUGUAUGCAAGUACUUAUAGGAAUAUAUAGGUAUGAUAACACAAUCCAGCACGAUCCUAGUCAAAGAAGGGAAACUCUUCACAAUAAUUUAUGGAAUUCUACCCUUCAGGUUGUAGAUUGCAUAGCAUGUCAGGAAAGCGAAAAUCGCCCCCAAACAAGUUUGAUGGCAAGUCCAAGAGAAGCGUUAAAGGAUCGGAAUUUCUACUGACUGAACGGCCGAGCGGUAUCACAGAAAACGGUCCCUUGACUAUUGGCAAGAUGCAGCAGCAGCUGUUCAACAAAAAUGGAAACGAAGGAUCAGGGUCGACCGUUACCAUAAGGGAUACGGAUACGGAAAUGUGCUCGAGUAUGGUGUCGACCAGUGACUACGAAAAUACUGACCAGGACACCGAUUCAAGGAGUUCCAGCACAUCGGACAGUUCGAACGAGUCGGAUGUCAAUAGAAGAAGCACCCAUUCAACUCGAUACAUAUUAGCACAAAAGUCGGACUCAUGCGCAAGAUACACUAAGAAGGCGAAGAAGGCGAAGAAGGCGCGCCUGAGGAAUGGAACUGACGAUGCGGGAGUCUUCAUGUGCCGCAACGAGCAAUUGAACGUUUCGAACGGCUCCGAAACUCCAAGGGAGAGAGUUGACGGUGUGGGCACCGCCUCGAUCCAUCGGCUUGAAGAUCCGAUGCGAAAGGACGAUGACGUCGCUGCACCUCAGCAUAGGAAAGUGAUUAAGCAAGAGCACGUCUCCAAUGUUGAUAUUGAUGCUGGCCGUGCGUCAGAGCUGUUGAUUCCUGCCCAACAAAAAGAAGAUGUCGAGAUGGAAAAGUUAAAUCAAACUUCACCGAGCCCCGAAGCUAUUUCAGAAGAGAGAAGUCCGCCUACGUCCUCGGCAGCAGCCCCGUUUCUUUCAAUUUACGGAACAGAUACUUCUUCGGAGUACUCUGCCAUGCCCAAGCCAAGUUUUUCACAAAGAGAACACUCCGUGCUGUCUGGCUGCAUCCGUGAGGACCGAACAUAUGAAAAGGAUCACACGGUGUCCGAAAUGAUACGACAACUUCAACUGAUUAGAAGUCGCUUGCUCACUCAGACUCAGUUCGAUAGCAUGACCGACAUCGAUGCAAGUAUUCAGCAGCAGCAGCAACUCCAAAAUGUGCAGAGGCUGCAGCAAGAGAGCUGCCUGCAGGAGCUGCAUCACCAGCUGAAUGCACAGUUCGGGGCAGGACGUUUUGCAGUACCGAAUCACCAUCAUCAGCAGCAAGCAACUGCUGUUAGUUCCGGCAACUUGGUACCGUUUCUUCCAGCUUUCCUGCGUCCACCAGUACCUGCACAGCAGCUGAUCCAAUUAAUGCCUGGCCAUGGGAGUCCGCAGUCGCAGCACCAGCACCAACACCAGCACCAACACCAGCACAGUCAUAGUCAGCAUGGACCAACGGGCGCACACAAAAUGACUAUGCAACCAAUGUGGCCGACAGCAGCGGUGGCGGCGGCACACAUUCAGGCCGCUUUGGCGGCAGCGGCAGUGGCCGCCUCCAACAAUAACAACCACAGCUCCAGCAACAAUAAUCUACUCGCAAUAUCGGCCAGUGUCAAUAAGCCGGCGGAUGCCUCCGGUGAGAUUGGAGCUUUGAGAGGAAGCUGCAAGUCAAGGCCAGAGUCUCCCAUUCAGGAGAGCCAUAGCUAUUCAAUGCUUUCGUACAGCCACACGCCACCAGAGUCACCCCACGGUCGAACAGCCCUAGUGCAGAGCCAAAGUGUCCCUGAAGAAUGCUCCCUAACAUUUCCAUCCUCGCCGGCCGAUCAUAGCGUGGCAAGUCUUUCGGAGGCAGUUCAAGACUCCGAAAUGGAGGUCCCCCUGAACCUAACCAAGCCGAAAGGAUCACCAAGCUCUUCUCCAACCAGCUGUUGCCCAAGAGACCAGCGGGAAAGUGUUACUCCCGUUGUAUCCAGUCCGCCAUUAGGCUGGCAUCAUGCAGCCCAACAUCAUUACACAGACAUGGAAGCCCCACUCGUAAAAACUCGUGGUCAAAUAUGGAAUUCCGCUGGCGUUACGGGCGAUGCAUGCCCAACAUUGUGCCCCACUGGUAUUGGAGUUGGAGGAUCACGGGCGGCGCGGAUCAGUCGUGACUCCACAAACAGUUGCGGCACAAACUCAGAACGCUCCGCGGCGCUAGACCCAGACUGUUUUAACAAAAAUCAAGUUAGCCCAGGUGCUCAGCCACCUUCAUCAACACAUCCGCAGAGACAUGGAAAUGGAAAUGGAAAUGGACACGGACAUGGCCAUGGCCAUGGUCACAGUCAUGGCCACAGCAAGCCACACAUCAAGAGGCCGAUGAACGCAUUCAUGGUAUGGGCAAAGGAUGAGCGUAGGAAGAUUUUGAAAGCUUGCCCGGACAUGCAUAAUUCAAAUAUAUCGAAAAUUUUGGGCGCCCGCUGGAAGGCUAUGUCGAACGCAGACAAGCAACCGUACUAUGAGGAGCAGUCGCGUCUCUCGAAGCUCCACAUGGAGCAGCAUCCAGACUACCGCUACCGGCCGCGUCCCAAACGCACGUGCAUCGUGGAUGGAAAGAAGAUGCGCAUAUCAGAGUAUAAAGUAUUGAUGCGCAAUCGCCGAGCAGAGAUGAGGCAGCUCUGGUGCCGCACUGGUGGCGCAAGUACUGGGGGUCCGGGAAGUGCCUCUGCUGACUCCUGCUUAAAUGGACAGGAUGGUCCACCUCAUGUGCAUGCUGCGGCUGCAGCCGCUGUCUAUCAUUUGCAGGACAUGACACAGGCUGUCGCAGCCGCCGCUGUAGCGGCUGCAGCUCACGGUGAUGACUGUGGAACUCCUCCUUCACAACCGUUGGGCUGUGCGACUACUGGCACUUUCUAUUAUCCUGCAGAGAGCUUAUCGCCCUCUGGCUUUUCAUCAGAGGAAAUGGAGAUUCAAUCGCAGCGUGAGUUAGACGACUAAGAUGGCCACAUCCACAUCCCCUUCUGCAGACUUGGCCGAGGAAUGUCGUACAAACCAGUCACGGCACGGAAAGGACAGGUAGAAGUGUCACUUCUUGCCCUGCCCUAUAUGCCUUUACUCGUAUCACGGAAGCCUUCGGGUACGCACAAAAGAGGGAAGGGAAAAUAAUGCAGCGCGCAUCGGGCUUGUAAAUAGAAACAAAUUUUAGGAUAGUCUUUGUAUAGUCAAAUAAGUUUCAGUUCAAGUGCCAUUACAUAUGUAUAUGUUAAAUAAUUAUUAAUAAUUCAUUUGUGAAUCAAUUGUUCGCCGGAUGCUCCGUCUGAGUCGACUAUUCGGGACCCGGGACCCGGGACCUGGGACCCGGGACCCGGGACCCAUGAAUCGGGACCAGCAGAGCAUUAAUGGGAACGUUGCAAUUUUUGUGCCAUUCAUGCACCAAUGCCGUAGCUAUAGAGAAAUAUCCCGAUUCUAGCGUAUAUAUACAUAUGCCUGCAUAAAUAGAUAGCUAGUAACGUUUAAUAUUUGUAAAAAACGAAUAACAUAAAUACACAAGUGCGUAGUACAUAAAUACACAUAUACAAAUGAUGUAUGAUGUUAAUCCAGCAUUGACGAUUAAAAGCCACUCAUGCAUACAUACAUAGUACAUACAUACGAAACAUCACAAUAUAUAUAGUACAUACAUACAUGCAUACAUGCGUGCGUGCGGGCAUACAUACAUAUACGCAUAGCUGUACGUGAACACUACACUCACGUUGCUAACAUCAUAUGCUCUACAUAUACACAUAUGUAUAUGUACAUACGUACGUAGGUACGAGAAUACAUAUGUACAUACAUACAUACAUACGCCAUAAUCACACAUAAGUAUUCCUAUUUUGUAUCGGUACUUAGGCGGGCUCAACGGUUUUCAUAAUGAUAAACACACAUACACAUACAUACAUAGGAUUGUUCAUCAUUCGUUGUGCGUAUGGUUGAUUUUCUAAGAUGCAAUUUUUGACUUAUCAAUGUACCGUGCAUGCAUGUACAUAUGUACAUACAUAUGCUCAUAUGCAUGUACAUAUGUAUGUAUGUGUAUGAAAAUGUAUGCAAAUCUGACAUGCAACCUACCAAUCAGCCUGUAUUGCAUUCGCCAUCCCAUACAAAUUAAAGUAAUAGUAGCGCAUUAAGUAAUAGACCAAUUAAACAUUGACACUUGUCUAGUUUCCCAUUAUUUCCCAUUUUUCCCUAGCAUUGUCUAAUCCAAUCAGGAAUGUGAAUCUUUAAUUUGUAUAAAAGUCAUCAGGCCACAUAAUCGUCAUUUAAAUGUCUUUCGCUGAUCUGACCCGAAUUCAUACCUAAACUACAAAUUAAAAUGUUAAACAAUCAAAUCAAAAUAUGCGUACACUCAAGUGCAAGCUAAACGAUUAUUUAGACACUAUAUAUGUAAUAUGUACAUGUAAUUAAUGGCAAUAUGAUAUGUUAGUGGACUACUCUCUUAGCUUUCUUCUGGCUAUAAGCAAAGAGCACAGGUCAUCCUUGUCUAGGUGUAGGCUACAUACGAUACAUACAUAAUUAAACACACACAUGCAUACACAUAAAACUAGUUUCUACAUACAAGUGCAAUAAAAUUUUACAUUUCAGUUGGACAGUACCAAAAAUAUAUAAUCAUUUUCUAAAAACAACAACGAAUACAGGAGCGGGCUACGGAUACAUGCAAUACAAGUACAUAUGUAACUAGAACGUUAUAUUUCGGCCGUAUUCCAGUAUUCCACUAGACUUGUCUGCAAAACAAUACUGACAGCA